AUGCUCGAUGCUCGCAGACUCUCCCGCCCCGGGCUCAUCGACUCCAUCAGCGGGACGAUGGCGACGGGAACACGGCGCCUGGUCGCCAUCGCAGCUCUUACAGCCGUGCUCUGGUUCCUGUGGGCACAGCUCUACCCUGUGGACAACGCUGGAACCACGACAAUCGACGAGCCCGCCGACGCGGCCUUCCCGCGCAAAAUCUGGCAAACCUGGUCCAUUCCCGCGCAAGAACUAGGCGGCACUUUCCAAUCAUGGUCCGUAAGCUGGAUAGACGUGAAUCCAAACUACCGCUACGAGCUGCUGACCAGCAACUCGGCGUCGACGUACGUGCGCGAAAAGUACGAGCGGCAGCGUCCGGACAUUGUGGAGGUGUUUGAGGCCCUGCACAACGACGCCAUCCUGCGCGCCGACCUCUUGCGCUACUUGGCUCUCUUCGCAGAUGGCGGGGUGUAUGCCGAUAUGGAUACGGAUUGCACGCGGCCGAUCGAUGACUGGAUCCCGGGGGAGUACCUGCCGUCCGCGAAUCUGGUCGUUGGGCUGGAGUAUGAUGCUCAAGGCGGCGAGAUCCGCGGCGACUUUACUAUUGCCGCUUCGCUUGGUCAGUGGACGUUCAUGGCAAGGCCUGGGAGCCCUGCGUUGGCAUUGGUGAUUGAUAAGGUGAUUGAGGCGGUGCUGCGCCUGUACGAGGUCAAUCAAACCAUGCCAACGUUCACCGGAGAGCAGGUGAUAGAUGUCACUGGUCCGCAUAUGUUCACAAAUUCCAUCCUGGAAUACCUGAGCAUCAAAACCGGCACCCAGGUCUCAUAUUUCGACAUAAGCAACCUGACAGAGCCCAAGCUCAUAGCGGACGUGCUCGUGCUUCCCAUCAACGCCUUUGGAACGGGCCAGGACCACUCCGGCAGCAAGGAAGAUGGCAAUUCCGAGCAGCUGAUGAGGCAUCACUGGUAUGGGUGGAAGGGGUGGCGAGUGUCACAUCCAGGAUAG